AUGACAGACUUGUGGUUGAUUUCUGUCCCACUGGACAAGACUAGUUUAAACAGUGUAGAGCAACUCAAGCGCACCAUUGCCAAAACCAGCCGGGCCUCCUGCUGCAAGUUCUCCAUCCCAGAUCUCAAGUGUGAUCAAAAAAACAUGUCAGUGUAUGAGGGAGGUGAUGGAGCAUUCUACUGACAAAGUGCUGGAAAACGCCUUAGCCAAUGGAGACCACGGCGUGCCUCAGAGAUCCGUCCUGUCGCCCCUGAAAGCUUACCUCAAGUCUCUGAGGGUGGACCUAAUGAGCUAUGUGACAAAGUUUCAGUGGGACAAAGCCAAGUAUCCCACAGCACUGCCUCUCUCCAGCCUGGCAGAUAUCAUCAACAAGUGGGCUGAGCUCCAGUGAUAGAACCUUUCACUUGCACUCACAACUUCCUCACCUUAUAUCUGCAUGUGUGCCAGGAAGUUUCUCAGGUGGAGACGGAAUUGAAAUGUCGAGCUUCGACGUACAACAGUGUGAAAACCAGCUUGCAGAGCCUUGAGCGCAAACUAGAGGGGAAUUUGCAAACUCGCAGUCUGAAUGACAUUGUGAGGAGAGAAGACCUGCUGGUCUCAGAGUACCUCACCACUCUACUGGUAGUGGUGCCCAGAGGGAGCUACCUGCAGUGGGAGAGGACCUAUGAGUCUUGGUCACAGUUUGUGGUUCCCCGGUCGAGCAGGAAGCUGCAUGAAGACAGAGAGGGGGGAGUUUUCUCAGUCACACUUUUCAAAAGGGCCGUGAGUGAAUUUAAAGCCAGAGCCCAGGAGAGCAGGUUCACUGUGCGUGAGUACCGCUUUGAUCAGGAGGAGGAGAAACAGCAGGAGAGGAAGCAGCUGAGCGUUCACAAGAAGGAACAAUGCGGAAUCUUUGUGCGCUGGCUGAAGGUUAAUUUCAGAGAGUUAUUUACAGCCUGGAUCCACUUGAAAGCGUUGAGGGUGUUUGUGGAAUCAGUCCUCAGGUAUGGACUACCUGUAAACUAUCAGGCUCUUCUGCUGCUCACCGAUAGCAAGCGCUCGAAGAAAUUCAGAGGAGAACUGGCUUCGCUCUUCAUGCACCUGGAUCCCACAGCCACUUCAAGCAAAACAGACGUGAACUGUGACAUCCCAGGACUCUGCCAGCAGGAGUACUUCUCCUACAUCUGUUUCGACAUCAACACCAGCAUGCUGGAGAUCAGCUAG